AUGUUCUCAGUUAGAUCUGCUAGACACUUCUCCACAUCUGCGCUUCGUGCAGUCUCAAUCAAAACGGCCCCAGCGUCUUCCGAGACCGUCUCGUCCUUGAAGGUUGUCAUCAAGAACGCCGGCUCCAAAUCCGCUCCUGCCGGUCUUUCCCACUUGCUUGCCAGCUCCACCUUCUUUGACACCCCGGAAAAGUCGGGCUUGAGACUCAAGCGUGAGGCAGAAUUGCUCGGCGGUGAGUACUCCGCUGAAGUCACCAGAGACGCAUUGGUCUUAAAGGCCUCCUUCUUAAAGGAAGGCCUUCCUUUCUUUGUCAAUGCUCUGGGCUCCUCCAUAUCCAAGGCGGCAUACAAGCCACACGAGCUAGCAGAGGUUGCCGGUCCGUACGCUUCCCACGUCUACGCUUCCAAGACAACAUGUCCUAAGUUCAAGGCUCUGGAAGAACUCCACGCUAUUUCAUACAGAUCUGGUCUUGGCUUGCCACUCUACUACGACGGCUCCAAGACCUACUCUUCCGAAGAUAUCAAGGCCUUUGCCAAGUCCUCCAUCUUCAGCGAAAACAUCGAGAUUGUUGGUGAAAACGUCGAAGCUGCAGACCUCGAGAAGUUCGUUUCGGAAUCUCCUUUUGCAACCUUACCAACCGGAAAUGACGUCAACGCAUUACCUCAGCCAACCUACACCGGUGCUGAGUCCAGAAUCAGACAAGCAGGUAAGACUUCCGCCAUCAUCGGUCUUCCAGUCAAGGACGCUGACGCAUACGAAUUAGUUGCUGCAGGCUUAUUAUCAUCUGUGCCUGAAUCAAUCACCGCUACUGCUGACUCAAAGGUCUUGUCCUACGACGGCUCCUCCCUUUUCUAUUUUGCAGUCACUUCUUCUGAUGCCGCAGAAGUUUCUUCCAUCAUCAAGGCUGCUGCUAAGGACUUAAAAUCCGUCGACUUCUCCAAAUUCUCCAAGCUUGCUACCUUGUUGGCCGGUAAGGAAGUCACUUCCAAGUCAGUUUCAGUCCCAUCCGAUUUCAACUUUGUCGUUGUUGGUGAUGUUGACGCAGUCCCAUUAAAGUCCGAACUUUAA